GGUUUAUACAGAAAAUACAUCAGGGAGAUUGCCACCUGGAGUAUGAUGACAGCUGGGAAAGAGAGAAGAAAGGUCUCAAGUUUCUUUUUACCCCUGAAUGCAUCAGAGGCUGGAGCUCUCUGCACACAGCUCACUGCUGGAGCAGCAGCAGCAGCUUUUCUGUUUCCCCCAUCUCUCUGGAGACUGAAGACUUUUAAAGUUUCUUAACAAGGUUUCAGCCAGCUGAUUGGGACGAUUACACUCCCAGGGAAAACACUGUGGACUGGUUUUGAGGCACUUAUACUAUCAUGACCGCCAGGACCCAAAGACCUGCAGGCAAGGAGGAACACAUAAUGAACAAACCGACAGAGGUGGUGCUGAGGGUCCGGAGAGCUCUGUGGCUGGUACUGAGCAUGCUCAGUCUGUCUCUGCUGCUGGUGGUGCUGGGAGCCUACACAACAACGCGCACAGAGAGCCUGAACGUGACGGGCUACAUGUCAGGAGUUUUUCUGACUCUGGGUUCUUUCCUGGGACUUUUAGGACUCCUCCUAGAAGAGAACGGCAAGCAAUUGCUGACGGCUGCCAUUGUGUUCCUCAGCUUCGGUGUCGUCGCCUCCUUUCUGUGCCUGAUGAUUGAUGGAGUCGGUGUCCUCUUAAACAUGGAUGUGCGUCCCCUGAAAGCAGGGAGGUGUCAGUAUUACAGCAGCGGCAGCAGCUACGUCUAUGAGAACUUCUACACUACGGUGCCGUGUCGGAAUCUGAGGGAGUCCUGCACCAUGACCAUACGAAGCGGGACCUGUUACUGCUGCGACCUUUACAACUGCGCCAAUGGAGACUACAUGAACAAUUACUUUGAGUUUGUUGGAGUGCAAAGCUGUGAGGAAGUUUUCACCCUGUAUAUUUUAAUCUGGACCCUCACCGGCGUGAACCUGGUGGCCUUUUUCACUGGGAUACUGACCGCUGCCGUGCUGGGAAACAUCAAGUACUUGAGGACGUCAGAGUUCUUCCCUCCUGGAGAGCAGACUGCUUCUACUCAGUGUUUUGCUCCAGCAGAGUCCAACCCACCUCCCUUCAACCCGCUGACCACCCUGUUGUCUCAGAGAGUCCACGGCCUCUCUGCAUGAACCGCAGCAUCACGCCGAAAACAACGUCAAAAGGACGGAGAAAAUCUGCACAUUUUAUUCAAGAACUGAGCUUUAUGAAACCCAGUACAGAGCUGUAACAAUGUACAGGUUUGUAAUAUAUAAAAUAUUCACUUUUGGAGGUGAUAAUGGAUGAUAAUGUGUGUUGUUCUGCCAAGGGGGCCUUUUUUUCAAGAUGUUACUUUUAUACCAGAUGCAACGUAAAGUUAAAUGCUGCAAAAGUACAGAAAUUAUUUUUAAUAUACUGAGAUUUUCCUUGGCACUUUAACAUUCUGUUGUUGACACACUCUGCCUUGAAGAAGUACUUAUGUAAUCACUUGACCUUUAUCACAUUUUGUCAUGCUAUAACCUCAAACAGCAGAAAAAUAGGGCUUCUGAAAAGUGUGGUGUACAUUUGUAUUCGGACUUCCUGAGUUAAUACCUUGUAAAGCAAUUUUUUGCCACAAUUAAAGUUGUAAAGGGUGUGGGUGUGUCUCUGCCAGCUUUACACAAUAAUUUUCAAAACUGUUGAGUUUCAAUAAGCACUUUGUGUUGUCACUCUUCUAUAUAAGCUACAGCUCCUCCAGAGUAGCCACCAUGCAUCUGUCGGCUACUUCUCUGAUUUACUCUCUUCUUGCGUGUAAGCUUUAGACAGAUAUCCAAUGCUUCUUAAGUUUGCAGUUUUGUCAAUAUUCAGAUAUUGUCUUGGGUUGUGCUCAACAAUGUUCAAAGCUUGGGAAAUCGCUCUGUAACCUAACCUUGCUUUAAACAUUUCUGAUGUUUUCCUUGGAGACAAAAUGUGGAAAGUAUCAGAGUCUAUGAGUAACGGGCCUUAGUCCAAAUGCAGCAUCAACUGAAGUCAAGGAAUAAUCAGUGUCUCCCCCAGUUUCUAUAAGACAUUGAAAGGCGAUCAUGUUUUAACCGUUACGUUUUAUGAAUGAAUAUAACAUAAGUCUGUCUCCAGGUGUUUAACACAUGUAUGAGCUGUAACUAUGGUCUCUGUAAAGCAGAAAAGUGAAAGCUUUGUGUGAAACCAAUCAGGAGUUUCUGUACAAUG